UACUGUAUGCCGACAGUUUUCGUAUACAUUCGUACACAUUCAGUUUGUGAUUUCAUACACAUUCAUUUUGUUUAAAAAUAAAAUAAUUUUUUACGAAUAAUUAUAAUUAUUAUUCGUAUAAGAUACAAAUACUUUGAUUAUAAUUCAAAUUUACAAAACACAAAACUAAAUAAAAAUGUCAAUUGGAGUACCAAUAAAAGUGCUUCAUGAAGCCGAGGGUCAUAUCAUAACCUGUGAAACAAAUACCGGCGAGGUUUAUCGUGGAAUAUUGAUUGAAGCUGAGGACAACAUGAAUUGUCAGAUGCAAAACAUUACUGUAACCUACAGAGAUGGUAGAGUAGCUCAAUUAGAAAAUGUAUACAUUCGCGGGUCCAAAAUAAGAUUUCUUAUACUGCCGGACAUGUUGAAAAAUGCGCCAAUGUUUAAAAGACCUGGUGGGAAAGGAUCAGGAACAGCAGGUCGUGGAAAGUCGGCGAUUCUCCGAGCUCAAGCAAGAGGCAGAGGUCGAGGACAAAACCAAAGGGGUCGAGGUACUGGUUCUGCACCGUGGCUCAAUCAACAAACUCAACCAGGUGGAUCUCAAGCUGGUAGAGGAAGGGGAUAAUCAAAUACUCUUUUACGUUCCACACUUAUUUAACACCUAUCAUGUCAUUGAUUUCUGCAAAAAUUUUUUUUAAUUCUCUAUAUAAUUACAUUGUAUCAGAAUUAUUAAUAAUAAUUAAUAAGUUUAAUAGUA